AUGUCUAGUGCUGCUUAUAAAAGUACCGACGUUUCGCAAGUAAUUUCAAAUAAUGUUAACGAUGCUUCAUUUCAACAACAACAGCCUCCUUUAACUGUUCGUGAAAAAAUUAUAAAUAUAUUCGAAAAUUUGGAAAUAACGAAAGAUGAAUUACGCAAUUGUCAAAAUCAGCUUGACAAAGAAUCAACAGCUCGUAUCGAGGCAGAAACAGAAGGCAGUCAUUUACGUCGACAAAUGCAAUUAAUUGAAGUUAAUCUUGAUAAUACAACGUCAAGAGUUGCACAAGUAGACGCACAGUGGUUAGAUGUUGUCAAAGUAGCAGAAGCAGCCAGAUAUGCAUGCAAUAAUUUGGAGAAUAAAUUGACAAUGGUUAAAGAUAAAGAAAUUGAAUUAGAAGAUGAUCUACGUCGUGCAAAAGAAAGUAGUAUAGAAACAGAUAAACGAUUUCAAGAAGCAUCAAAGAAAAUGGUGAAUUUACAAGAACGUUUAGAACAUGCCGAACAUCGAUCAACAUUAGCUGAUCAACGUAUAGUUUCAUUAGAACGAGAAAUUCGUCAAGCCCAAAUUGAAAUGAAAUCGCUGAUAUUAGCAGAAGAAAAGUCCCAGCGUCGGGAAGAAGAAUAUCGAAGAAUUGUUAAUGAAAAAAUGUCGAGAUUAAAGGAGGCUCAACAACGUACAGAUGAAAGCGAAUUUGAAGUUGCAAAAUUACAACAAACGGUUGAUAAAUUAAAAGAUAUCGAUAUGGCUGAAUUACGGUUGGUUGAACUAUCAGAAGUUGAACAAAGAUGGAAUGAACACGCAUCUAAAUGGAAUAAAUGGAUUGGAGAUGAUGGUGAUAGUAAUCGACAAGAAUCGAGUGAUCCUUAUUUGUGGAAAUAUGUUGGUGAUAUUAAAGGUUUGACUGUUUUGGAUGCUGGAUGUGGAAAUGGUUAUUUAUUGGUUAAACUAAUCGAAAAGGGAGUUUUUCGUGCAAUUGGCGUUGAUCUAUCAUCAAACAUGAUUGAAAUUGCCACUCAAAAUAUUGAUCGUUUGAUAAAAACUGAUAAAACUAAGCCUGAAUUAUAUCAUGAUUCAAUAACUGAAUUAAAAUCAAUUAAAAAUAAUGAAAUUGAUGUUAUCAUAUCAAACUAUGUACUGAUGGACACUCCUAAUUUGGAUGAUUCAUUUAAAAGAGUAUUAAAACCAAACGGUCGUUUAGUUGUUGUUAUUUUACAUCCAUGUUUUGAUAUUGUACCGGAAAAAGAUGGUCGCAUGAGAAUGUACAAAUGGCCACGGUCAUAUUUUGAUGAAACACCAGAAGAACAAGACUGGGAAUCAUUUUCAUUACAUAUAUUUCAUCGUUCAUUAUCAAGCUAUUUUCAGACAUUCAAAUCAAAUGGUUUCGAAUUAAUUGAUUUUGAUGAACCAAAAUUUUUUAGUAAAAUUCAUCAGUAUGAUUGUACUUAUAAUAGUUCUAUUAUUAAAAAUUAUAUGGAUUCUGAGAAGAAUGAUCGUCAUCAACAAUUACAAAAAUUUCGAGCAACAUGUGACGAAUUCGAAAUAUCAAUGUUAGAAUAUGAAAAUUUUCGAAAUAAAUUUAAUAAAAAAAUUGAAAAAUAUUCAAAUUCUGUUAACGAUUUAAGUGCACAACUUCAAAAUGCUAAAAAAGUAAAUGAGAAAAUAUAACAUGGAUAUCUGUUUGACAUUUAAAAGGCAAACUAUAUUUUUAUUCAAUAAUUUUAGUCAAAGACAAAUGACAAAUUGUUUUUCUUUUCUUGAAUUGUCUUUUAAGAAUAUUCCGUUGGGGCUAGUGCGCAAAACUUUGUUGUAGAAGUCGUAGAAUGUUCUUUAUUUUCUAUACCAAUACCGUAGUGAUUAUUCUACAGAAACAAAAUGCCAGUGUGUAUGGCAGGGUAUCAGUCACUGACUGAUAUCAGUACCGAGCAAGUGCCGAUAUAAUUCUACCCAAAAUUGCCGCACUAGUAGUGCGGCACGGUACGAAAACAGUGCUUACUUAUUUAUUAUAGUUGUCUUUACUUAAUUUUGUAUUAAUAAAAGCUCAGUACUAAUAGGUAUCAGUGCUAAAGCCAUAGUGAUUGAAAAAGAAUAUUUGGUAUCCAUGCUGAUAAAAUAAGAAAAUUUCUUACUUCGUACAAGCACUUGUUCGAAACGGAUGCAUAUCAGGGAUGUUACAAGCCUUGGGACCUUGCAUCAAAGAUCACAUGUUUAAUUAUUCAAAAUCCGCAAACUUUGCGAGCUUUUGUGUCAGACGUACUCAGUUUUCUCUGCUGUAUCCGGAACUAGUAUAGGACUAGUCAAAAUCAAUAAAAAGUACUGGACCACAGUGAGGAUGCGGGUGGAUAUUUGGUCAAAAAUCGAAAGUAUUAUAUUAGUUUGUUCCUUAGUAUAUCCUGUAUCUGUAGUGACCACAGAUACAGUGUAGACACUGUGGUCCAACCCGCAAGCUCUGCGAACUUUUGUAUCAGACGUAAUCAGUUUUCUCUGCUGUAUCCGGAAUUAGUGUUAGGACUGGUCAGAAUCAAUAAAAAGGUACUGGUCUUAGUAAAGUUUGGUGAAAAUACCUUUAUCUGUAUUUUGAUGCAACAUGUGAUCUUUACUUUAUUUUGUGUUAAUAACAGCACAAUAUUAAUAAGUAUCAGCGCCACAGCCAUAUUGAUCGAAAAAGAAAAUUUUAUACCAGUAUGCACCUGUGCUCAUAUAAUAAGAAAAUUUCUUACUUCACACAAGCACUUCUUCAGAACGGAUGCAUAUUAGUGUAACUAUGAUUCAAUUCUAUCGAUCGGAUUCCAUGCGCGGUAUCCUGAUUAACAUUUUAACGUAAUACUUGAGAUAGUUGUCGACACAAUGUCUUUUGAUAUCGAUGUUAUGCCAUGAUUCGGUGAUGCCGUUGAUAAACGAUGUAAAUAUAUACGUUUUUCGUGACGUCCGUCAACAUUUUGAUUACU